AUGACUCCAAACACCGCUCAGAGCACUCCCGGUAGCUCACAGAACAUAAAUCAACUUCCCAAUAAGAAGCGUUUGCGUGACAUAGACGAAGACGAUAACGAAAAGACCCACCGAAAAACCAAGAAACACAAAUCGUCCCGAAAACAUAAGAAACACCGAACUUCUUCAGGUCGCAAAUCGUCCCGCAAAACUGUCAAGCCUAUCCCGGAGGAGAUACCAGAAACACCCCCUAAGCAGUCGCCAGUGCUUUCCGGGUUCACCCCGAUCAACAAGAGCCGAAAACAAAACCCUGUACCUCCACCAAUCCGGACUGAAACCCGGACUCCGCCAAAUACUAACCUAGCUCCAUCGGACACUGAAGGGAUCUUCCCGAGUAACUGGGGAGCAACCCUAACUGAUUCCGACUCCUUUCCCGACUUUGGUUCCGAACCCUCUGAACCAUACAUAAGUGACGAUCAAGACCCAGCAACAGGUCCAGCAACAGGCCCACUAGCAGCAGUCUCCACUGCUUCCUCAGCACGCAGCAGUGCUUCACCAGAGGCCCUUGUACGGACGACCGUACUUAGGAUUAGUGCUACCCCACCAGCACCCGCUCGUGCUCCACAAAAGAACGUUGCCCGGAAGACCAUAGUCCCAAGUCAAGUUCUCACUCGGUCCAAGUCUAGUGCAGUCCGCUCAACAGGCCCAGCAGCAACAGGCCCAGCAACAGGCCCCUCAACAGGCCCAGCAGGCUCUACUACUCCCUCACCAACACCCGUCAGUGCUCCACCGAAGGUUCUUGCACCGGAGACCCCUACAUUCAAGCCCCGACGCCCCUCUCGGUUAUUUUCUAGUGCAAGCCCGUCCGAACUAAUAGACCACCCCUCACCAGUACGACAGAGACUAAUUAGACCCGUGCCAUCGCCGAUUGUCCAAGAGACAUCCCCGAGUGUUCAAGAGACAUCCCCGAGCUCGACCGCAUUCAAGAUGACUCAAGCAAGCAAAGCGAAGAUGACUUUAUGUUUACUCAACCUACCUAGAGUGUACACCAGCAUCCGCAACAGCCUAAAGGCGGAAAUGCAAAAUGUGGGUUGGGUCAAUAAAAGCACGUCCGGUAUGGCUGCGUUCAGUGCCCUAUGCCUUUACUUGAUGAACUUGCCCUCCCUCAACGGUUUUCUGCCAAUUUGGACUGGGGGUGACUCCGAUGCCCGUAGAGCACUGGCGAGUGCUCUACAGUGGCUCAUCGCAGAUGUUGGUAUGAAGGAUAGGUUAUCAAGGGGUCAGGGAGACCGUCAGUUCAAAGAGGCUGCCGGUGAUAGUGAUGAUGAUGAUGACGGCGGUGGUCAGGCAGCCGGAAGACGCUCUCGCAAAGGGAAAGAGCGUGCAGUACCUCCGGAACUCAUGGGACCUUCCAUAAUGGUUACCGUGGUGGACCCCGAUGCUCUAGGGGCAUUCUUUAUGCUCGUCCCACCACCUACUUAUGACUGGAAUGAUCCCCUGAACGAACCUUCGUUCAUCGGAAUUUUGACCAAGAUAACUUUCCCCGAGCUAUGCAACUUGAUCCUGAAGCACACCGCACCCGGCAGAGCAGUCAGGACUAUCUGGGGGCAAUUGAGAAUGUCCCUCCGGCAGCUGUUCCUCCCGUUCGGCCGGUGGAGAGCAGGCGCGGGUGCUAACCUGGGUGGUGCGGAAUCCCCCCCGUUGAACCCGGCUUUCCCUCACGUUGGGGAAGAUGAUUAUAGCAUGAUCGAUAUUCCUGCAGAGGAUUCGGAUUACCAGUGGUGUGGUGGUGGUGGUGGUGGUGGUGGUGGUGGUGGUGGUGGUGGUGGUGGUGGUGGUGGUGGCGGUGGUGGUGGUGGUGGUGGUGGUCUAGGACCUCCACCGCCUCCGGGCGGACCUCCUCCUCCUCCGGGCGGCGGUGGUGGUGGAGGACCAGCUGGAGGCGGUGGUGGUGGUGGUGGUGGGCCAGCUGGAGGCGGUGGUGAUGGUGGUGGUGGGCCAGCUGGAGGCGGUGGUGAUGGUGGUGGUGGUGAUGGUGGUGAUGGUGGUGGGCAUCAAUAG